AUGACCACCAAAAAGUGCAUUGAGGCACAACAAGCAGCCUUCAACAAUUUUGACUUGAACUUGGUUCUUCCUGGUCAUGAUUCUGUGUCUACUGCAGAACGUUCAGAAUAUGAACAGGCGAAGGCUGAGGCUGAUUAUGAUAGCCCUCGCUGCCCUGAGCCAUCUGAACUUCCCAUGGAUGAGUUUUCUGAUUACUUCGAAUAUUCAACACAAUGGAGUUCUCCUCCAUGUUCGCCGAUGCUCUGGGACACGCCCACAUCUUGUGAAUAUGCAUGGCGAUUUGAGGAUGUGGAAUUUCUCCUCAAGCAAGAGACUGAUUUUUGAACUUUACUCUUUUUAUUUGGCAGCAUCUGCUUGUUUAUUGCAAGCAGCCCUUGUACUGGACUUUUGUAAUUCACUACUAUGAUUUUCUAGUCUAAUAUGCCAAAUUUCGGUGACAGCAAUAAAUAUUGCUGCAAUGGCGUCUUCCUUUA